GUUGUGGCUUAUGUUGAAGUCCGCACUGGCAAUGACAAUAGAAGUGCAGCCAUUGCUCAAGAGCUCAGAUAUCUUGGGGCUCAGGUGGAGCCGACCUUUACAGAUGCUGUGACCCAUGUGGUGUUCAAGGAGGGACUAAAGAGGACAUGGAAUAAAGCCAUGAAGAAGAAAGUUCAUCUCGUCUCUGUUUCCUGGAUUGACAGCUGCAAGCAGAAUCAGAUGCAGAUGCCUGAAAAAGAGUUUGCAGCAGUGAUGCCAGAGGAAAUCUCCAGCCCAUUUCCCAGGAUCAACCAGCCUGUACGAUGGAAGAAAAUGAAGUCUAUGCAACCGUGUGAUUUUGAUGAAGAAUUGGCCAGGAGUGCUGAGAGAGGCGAGAAGAAGCGGAGAAGAUUGAUGGGAAACAAAUUUGUGCUGAAUGAAGAAGUGACGCCGACAACAUCCUCUCCUAUCCCAGUGUUGGCUUUCGAAACUCAGGCCAGAUCUCCC